AUCAUCGUAAGGAAGCCGGUUGCUGGGAUUUCCCCCCUGUGGCUGCCUGACCGCUGCUGAGCUGCCCCUCCCAGCCCAUGUGGCUCUCCCCAUGUUCCAAGAGUGCAACUGGUGCCCAACGCAAUGUGUGUUUGUCAAACCAUGGAAGUGGGCAAGUAUGGCAAGAAUGCCACUCGAUCUGGAGACAGGGGGGUCCUGCUGGAGCCUUUCAUUCACCAGGUGGGCGGCCACAGCAGCAUGAUGCGCUACGACGACCAUACUGUCUGCAAACCCCUCAUUACCAGAGAGCAGCGCUUCUACGAAUCUCUGCCCCCAGAAAUGAAGGAGUUCACACCCGAGUACAAAGGUGUGGUAUCUGUCUGUUUUGAGGGAGACAGCGAUGGGUACAUUAACCUGGUGGCCUAUCCCUACGUGGAGAGCGAGGCACUGGAGCAGGAUGAUAUGCCAGAGAGGGACCAGCCACGACGCAAGCACUCGCGUCGGAGCCUUCACAGAUCAAGCAGCGGCACAGAGCACAAGGAGGAAAAGCCUGGCCUGGCCAGUGACAGCACUGAAAGCAGCAUCCAGGAAACGAAGAGUCCCAGGGUGGAUUUGCACAUCCAUUCAGAUGUUCCAUUUCAGAUGUUGGAUGGGAACAGUGGUCUGAGCUCUGAAAAGAUCAGCUACAACCCCUGGAGCCUGCGCUGCCACAAGCAGCAGCUGAGCCGCAUGCGCUCAGAGUCCAAGGACCGAAAACUCUACAAGUUCCUUUUGCUGGAGAACGUGGUGCAUCACUUCAAGCUUCCCUGCGUACUUGAUCUGAAGAUGGGGACCAGACAGCACGGAGAUGAUGCGUCUGAGGAGAAGGCUGCUCGGCAGAUGAAGAAGUGUGAACAGAGCACUUCGGCCACCUUGGGCGUGCGCGUGUGUGGGAUGCAGGUCUAUCAGCUGGACACGGGGCAUUACUUAUGCAGGAAUAAAUACUAUGGACGCGGUCUUUCCAUUGAGGGCUUCCGCAACGCCCUCUACCAGUAUCUCCACAACGGCAUCGAGCUGCGCAAGGACCUCUUUGAGCCUAUCCUCGCCAAACUGCGAAGCCUGAAGGCGGUUUUGGAGAGACAGGCCUCCUACCGCUUCUACUCCAGCUCCCUCCUCAUCAUUUACGAUGGGAAGGACAGCAGGGCAGGGUCGUUCGUGGAGCGCCGGCCGGAGACGCGCCUCAAGCGGGUGGACAGCUCUCUGCCCGAGAGCCUUCAGGACGGCGGCGGCACCGAGCCCGGCUCCUCGGCCCAGCCCAAGGUGGACGUGCGUAUGAUUGACUUUGCGCACAGCACCUUCAAAGGCUUUCGCGACGACCCCACCGUGCACGACGGACCCGACAUGGGUUACGUGUUCGGGCUGGAAAGCCUCAUCAACAUCAUGGAACAGAUGCGUGAGGAAAACCAGUAG